AUGCUCAAAAAAAUCUUCAGAGGCAAGAGUACCAAGAAGAAAAAGGUUGAGGAUGUGAUUGAAGAGACCAUUUAUUGGGAUAAUCGUGUGUUAGAUCAAGAUGAUGUAUCUAACGUCGAUGAAGAGCAAAAUUUAAUUGACGCGGUUCAUGAGGCAGGAAAGAAGAUAGAAGUAAGUGACGUAUUUACUUCAUAGGGUGAGGCCGAAGAAUUUGCUUCUCAAAAUAUCCGACGGCUUUAAUUACUAAAUUUUUUUGUUUUAUGGGGUCAUAGAGAAACAAUAAUGGAAACAAUACCAUGUGAUGUUUCAAAAGACAACGAUUUUAGUUCUUGAUUUUACGAUUUUCAGCCAAUUUUUCCUUCGGAUAUCCCCAGUACAACGUCAAACGAAAUCGUCAUUGAGAAUGAUUGUUCGAAAGCCGACAUCCUAAAAUGGCAUCGAGAACGCCCUUCGCCUGGUCCAAAAUGUUAUAGAGAGUACCGAGAAGCUAUGCGGCCUUUAGUUCCACCAAUCCUUCUCGGCCAAUUCACAGAUUCGACCCCAAUUACACUCCCGAAACCGGUUGAUUAUCUAAUUUCUUGGUGUGAUCAUCAAACUUGCUGUGGAUUCAUCAAGAAUGUUGAGGAUGCCACGGAAAAUGUGCCGUUAGUAAUGAGAUUCGGCGGGUAUUGGACGGACUGCGCUAUUUUGUCGAUGUUUGUAGGCUGCACCGUGCGCGCGACAGCAUACCUUAAGGUAAAAGCUUUAAAACAGGGCGCACAAUGGAACCCACUUGUGCCUUUGGGAAGCGAUAUUCGCACAUUCCUGUUUGCCGGUGAGUUCAGGUUGCUUUGUUUACAGAUUCCCUUUUAUAUGGAGACGGUUAUUCUUAUUCUUUUGACGCUUCUAGGCACCCCUUAUCCUAGCGCAUUUGCGUGGGAAUGGGCGGUUGUUUCCAAACCUAAUAUCGUCCGAAGUUUGGGGAUAAUAAAAGAAGAUCACUCCUAUGAAACGGAGGAAUUCCGACAUCUUCGCGCUGUAAUCCAAGACUGCGAAUACGGUGAAGAGUUAUUUGCUUGUCCCGAGAAAUGGCCACUCCCAGAUAUCAGAGAAGUCCCCCCGCCCGGAACGGCCGUCGCGAUUAAUUAUGUCGAGGUAGGUUGGGAGUUGUCAGGUAUUUUAUAAACCCUUUCAUAAGUUAUAUGAAAGAUGACAAAACUGUUUGGUAUGAGAAAAAAAUUAAAUUUUACUGUUUUCAGAUCACUGAGCCUCACACUCUCUUCCAUAGCCGCGACAAAAUAUUACUCUUCCCGAAUUAUAUGGUGGAAUAUGCAAAAACUACGGAUAUUUUAGACAAAACGUAUCUUUUUGGCUGGAUUGAUCUCACCAUGCAACCUUCGAGAUGCUAUCUGUAA